CAUCGACAGGGGGUUCUGCUAGACUGGUACUCGCUCCCACCUCGAUUACUCGAUGGCAUGGGAGAGGGGGGACCAGAAGGCCGAGAGCGAACCUCUCGCCUGGCAGGUUAGAAGAUGGAGCGAAGAUGGAGCCCUUACCAUUUCUGUGAUCUCUCUACGAAGUCGAGAAGUUUAAACCGUUAGACUCAUGUUCUACACGCCGGAUCAGGCCGGCACAGACGGUGCAGAAAGUGAACUGUAUUACGAUCGAGGUCUUUACCAGUACCAUUCUCAUUUCGAUGAUGUUAAUCCAUUGCCGCUUGAUAUGAUGUAUGACGAUGACGGAGAUGGCCUGGACGACAUGUUUUUCCACCGGGUGGAUUCUGCCGAAAUCAUCUACCAACCGCGUCAGAAAAAAGCCAAGAUGAUAGGAAAAUAUCUCAUGGGCGAUUUGUUAGGCGAAGGAUCGUACGGAAAAGUUAAAGAAAUGCUAGAUACGGAAACAUUGGAACGACGGGCAGUGAAAAUAUUGAAACAGAAACGACUACGGAAAAUUCCCAACGGAGAGCAGAAUGUCCAAAGUGAGAUAAGGUUCCUGCGAAAGCUGAGACACAAAAACGUUAUCCACAUUGUGGACGUUCUCUACAACACGGAGAAACAGAAGAUGUACCUCGUGAUGGAAUACUGUGCCGGUGUCAUACAGGAACUGCUGGAGUCAGUACCUGACAAGAAAUUGCCAAUAUACCAAUGCCACAAGUAUUUUGUGCAGUUAAUUGAUGGGCUAGAGUAUCUGCACUCACAGAAUAUAGUGCACAAGGACAUCAAGCCCGGAAAUCUGCUACUAAGCACAGCAGAGAUCCUGAAGAUCAUAGACUUGGGUGUGGCAGAGGAACUUGACAUGUUUGCCGAGGAUGACACCUGCUGUACGAGCCAAGGCUCGCCUGCGUUCCAACCACCCGAGAUAGCAAAUGGUCAAGAAUCCUUUCCUGGGUUCAAAGUGGAUAUCUGGUCAGCUGGUGUCACCUUGUACAACAUCACUACCGGAAAGUAUCCAUAUGAAGGCGAUAACAUCUACAAGCUGUUUGAGCACAUCGGCAAGGGAGACUACACGAUCCCGGAGGAGUGUGAUCACCUGCUUACGGAGCUACUGAGCGGAUUACUACAAAAGGAUCCAUACGAUAGAUUUACAAUAAAAGAAAUUAAAAAUCAUGAUUGGUUUCGAAAGAAGCAUCCAAAAACGUUGGAUUACGUUUACUUUCUGCCGCGGCCGGAUGAGUAUCGAAGCAUGACCGUAGUGCCAUAUCUAGAGGACCUUCACAACUACUACAUGGAAGAUGAGGAGGAGAGCUACGCCGGUGAGAGUGAUCGUGAACAACGGGGCAAGCGAGAGGCGGUCGUCUGCCAGGACAUGCAGAAGCCGAUGGAGAAGAAGAAACGUCGACGGCGGCGACGCAACAUCAUCAGCUGCAUCAGCGUCAAGAAAAUCACGGGAUGCGCACAGUCGUAGGGCGUUCCUCUCUCACCAGGGAGCGCCGACACGGCCGAACUCUGCCAGGUGGCGCCUGCGUGUUUCACCCCCCGACGCGGGAGUGUUUGCUAGGCUGUCUGACAGUGACAGGGGAGUCUGCGCAGUCACCUUCACCAGGGGGAGCCUAUGUGGUUGAUCCCCUGUAGGAGGCUAUUGCACAGCUGGCCUAUGGUAGCAAUAGGAGUGAUAGGAUUGCGUGCUCUUGACGGAAAGGAAUGGCUGUGAACUGUAGCUAUGGUGGACGUGUGGUGCGUGCUAAAAUUCUCCCCUGUAGCAUAUGCUGAUGGAAGUCGACUGGUUAAAAAGAUGUUCCAUGCUUACUCCAUGCUUAUUACCCGUACACAUAUGCAUGCGUGCACAUGCAAGCAGGCACACGGCAACAUACACUCGCAUGCAUGUACAUGCAAGCAGAUGCACACACACACAUGCAAACGUGCGCGUAUGAAUGCAGGGACAUGCACCCACGCACGCGCGUGCGUGCACUCGCACACACACGCACACGCACGAAUACUGCUUUGUCUUCUAUGACAUGCCACUAGUAUGUUUUCAGAGAUGGCUUGUUGUGAACAUAAUGUAUUCACAUGGUUUUUGUUGCCUUCGAUAGAUGGGUUCUCGUACGAUGCCCGUACAUAAACUUGUCAGAGUUCUGUAUGCGCCACGUGAGUAUCGUUAUGAAGAGAUAUGCAUAAAGAAUAGAAGUGUUGAACGGCGGCAUCAAAAGGUUUUGUGCUCAAAUCGGUUCUUCAGCCAUCGCCAAUCAACCAUUGGCGACAAUGGGCAAGUCUCAGCUGCACAUCUCUACCAUGUUUUGUUUUUUUAGUCUUAUUUGUGUAAGCAAUAAGCCUUAGUCAGCUACUACUUUGGUAUCGGGAAUGUCUCCUGUCACGUAACCCUGCUGUUAUACGUGUGCAAUUGAUUGACUCGUAGUCAAGAGGAGAUUGUGGAGAUAGCCGGAAGCUGCUGCAGGAGAUGGAAGAUGAGAGUGAUGCUGUGGGCUAUAAUCAAACAUUAAUACGUUCGGCAGGAUUGUUCAUUCGUUAGGAGUACUGCAUGUUAAGCAUCCCAUGCUAGGUUUCUCUCACUGUCUCGGAGUGUUUUCAGACCUUCUUCGAAGAACGUCUACGUGAGUAGGUCCAUUUAUUCGUUUCUUCCCUACAAGAAAUCACGCUUAUGUACUAUUAAUGCGAGACACCACCGCCCGCUGCAGCAUGCAGUUACUGAUUGCUCUUGGCCGUGUUUUAGUGGUUAUGCUUCGUUAGAAGCAUGAACAUAUGUUUACGUGUAGUAUACGUGUGUUCAUGGUAGAAGAGUGUUGGUGCUUCUUCUGUGAAAGCUUUGCUAGUUGUUAAGGUAAACGUCCUUUGACGGAGUUGUAAAGUAUGAAUGUAAAAACGUCGGGUAUUACCACAUACCAUUCAUGUUUUAAUGUAAAUAUAUAAAUAUGUUUGUUUUCACACAUUGAUAGAACGAUAUGCAUUAUAGUAAUGUAGCUCAGUGGCUGUGUAACUGUUACAAUAUGUUGUUACCAAGCUAACCGCUUGCCUCUUGUCAUUUUACUGAGCAUGUGAAGGUGGGAGAUCGUGUGUUAAACUUUUGCGAUAUGUAAAAAGACGUGUUUAUCUAUUAUAAAGUUGUAAAUUGUUGCAGUGACGUCUAACAGACGUUUGCCUGGUUUCACUGACCAUUUAAAUUAACGUUCUAUCAAGACUGUGAUUACAUCGUAGAUAGAACAGAUCUCUUAACUCCUCAGAGCAUAACUUGUAGGAUUGCACCAAGCCCCACGCUAUACACACACUCGUCGUGUGCGAUUAUUUGCACCGUUCUACCUCGUGCAACACUUGGCACGUACGGAUAUUCGCACAUGACACGCGCGUUUAUGCCGGACUUGUAUUAAUUCUGCAGUUUCGUAAAACCGUGUUCAUGCGUGCGUGGUAGUAAUCAAAUGCCACCUUGCACAUCUAGGUAACUCGCGAAGGCCGUGUUUGCGGUGUGAACGAAUGAGGGUGACAAGAUACGGUGUGUAUAGUGUAUAUAUAAUUAUUUUGAUAUGCCUAUACCCGAUUGCACUACUGCCGUGCUAAUAGAAUGACAGUGGCAAAUGGAAUCGGUUGUGAUGGUGCGUCUAAUGCGUGAUGCGAACCACUAACGUUUAAUAUUUCAUUUCUGGGCAGAAAUAGAACGCGAAUUGCUGGUGUCGGCAGCUUCAAGUCGGGAUGUACGCGAGAUGGCGUUUAUUAGUUGAUAUUGACAUUUUCGAGAGUAGAUAAUCAGAUUUGACUCUAAUUAUCUCCUUUUUGUUAUUUUCUACCAGAAUUCAUGGACAGGUUCACUAGAGCAGAAGAAGUGGAGCAUGUUGGCUUAUAGAUAGUCGAAGGAAACAUCAUUUCCUGGCAGUGAAGUUAUCGCUCUGCAUGUGUAGAUGUAGCGGCAUUGCCGACGCAGUUGGUACGAUGGUGGUGCAACUGUAAUGAUUGUCUUGUUUUUUUAUUGUUUUUGGUGUACAGAAAUAACAUUUUAACACGUCUCUUUCUCAGUAUUUCUCAAAACUGAAUGUUAGCAGAAGUCCCAAGCUAUGCUCCAGGGUUGAGCCCUGGUGGGCUGGGACCUGGAUGAAAUUGAUGAAUAAAAAAAAAUUUGUUUUUGUUUGAUACAAA